CCGUAGUCAGCAAGCCAGCAAGGCGGGGCGAGCAUGGCCAGGGCCGCGGCCGCUCUGCUGCCCCUCGUCCUGCAGCUCACGGGCCUGGCCCCGGGGACCGGCAGAGGUGGGGCCGUCCCCAGGGAGCCUUUGGGGCUUGCUGACAUCCACGACUACCAGCUGCAGGCGCCGGCCCACUCCUCAGCCCCUGCUGGGGCCCCCCAGGAGCGGUGGCGCCCCCUGGAGGAGCGACUGGGCAGACUGGAGGCUGAGGUCACGGAGCUCAGAGAACAGAACAAAGACCUGCAGGGGAGGGUGAGGCAGCUGGAGUCCUGUGAAUGCGCCCCGGCUUUGCCCCAGUGCUGGGGGCUGGGUCGGGCCUGGCCCGAGGGGGCUCGUUGGGAGCCAGAUGCCUGUACAGCCUGUGUCUGCCAGGACGGGGCUGCACACUGUGUCCCCCAGCCUGGGCUGCCCCAUUGCCAUGGCUGCAGCCACAAUGGUCAGGCCUAUGGCAAUGGGGAGACCUUCGCCACAGAUGCCUGUACCACCUGCCGCUGCCUGGAAGGAGCCAUAACCUGCACCCAGAAGCCAUGCCCAAGAGGACCCUGCCCGGAGCCGGGAGCGUGCUGCCCGCACUGUGAGCCCGGCUGUACUGGAGGCCACAGGAGUGGGGAAACGUGGCAACUGGAGCCCUGUGUCAUCUGUACCUGUCAGGCAGGGACGGUGCAGUGCCAGGGGCCCUCAUGCUCAGAGCUCAACUGCCUGGAGAGCUACACCCCACCUGGGGAGUGCUGCCCCAUCUGCCGGCCAGGUGACCUCCACACCCUGUCCCGCCAUCCCCUCGGCCCCAGAGGGUUCCGUACCUACUUGGGGUCAUGCCUUCCCUCGGGUAAUGUCCACCCACCCUGCUCUCUGCUGACCAGUCCGUCACUCUGGCAACCCUCCCCAGGCUGUGAGUAUGAGGGGCAGCUUUAUGAGGAGGGGGCCAACUUCCUGUCCAGCUCCAACCCUUGUCUCCAAUGUUCCUGCCUGAGGAGCCUGGUUCGCUGUGUGCCCAUGAAGUGCCCGCCCAUCCCCUGCCCCGAACCAGUCCUGAGGCCCGGGCACUGCUGCCCGACCUGCCAAGCCCAAGGCUGCACAGAAGGUGGUUCUCACUGGGAGCAUGGCCAAGAGUGGACCACACCUGGGGACCCCUGCCGGAUCUGCCAGUGCCUGGAGGGCCACAUCCGGUGCCACCAGCGAGAAUGUGCCAGCCUGUGCCCAUACCCUGCCCGGCCCCUCCCGGGCACCUGCUGCCCUGUGUGUGAUGGCUGUUUCCUAAAUGGGCGAGAGUACCGCAGCGGGGAGCCCGUGGGCUCUGGGGACCCCUGCUCCCACUGCCGUUGUGCCAACGGGAGUGUCCACUGUGAGCCUCUGCCCUGCCCACCGACGCCCUGCAGACACCCAGGCAGGAUCUCUGGGAAGUGCUGCCCAGUCUGUGACAGCUGUGAGUACCAGGGACACCAGUAUCAGAGCCAGGAGACCUUCAGACUCCAAGAGGGCGGCCGCUGUGUCCGCUGCUCCUGCCAGGCCGGCGAGGUCUCCUGUGAGGAGCAGGAGUGCCCGGGCGCCCCCUGCACCCUGUCUGACUCUGGCCCCCAGCUCUGCCCAGCCUGCGUGCUUGGUGGAGAGGAGUUUGCUGAGGGGGCCCAGUGGGAGCCUGAUGGUCAGCCCUGCACAACCUGUUCCUGUCAAGCUGGGGUGCCCGUGUGCAGGGCUUUGCUCUGCUCCGCAGCCCCCUGCCAGCACCCCACCAAGCCCCCCGGUGCCUGCUGCCCCAGCUGUGAGAGCUGCACCUACCACGGCCAAGUGUACGCCAACGGGCAGAACUUCACAGAUGCAGACAGCCCUUGCCACACCUGCCACUGCGAGGAUGGGACCGUGACAUGCUCCUUGGUCAACUGCCCUCCCACAACCUGUGCCAGGCCCCAGAGUGGACCCGGCCAGUGCUGCCCCAGGUGCCCAGACUGCAUCUUGGAGAAGCAAGUGUUUAUGGAUGGCGAGAGCUUCUCCCACCCCCGAGACCCCUGUCAGGAAUGCCAGUGCCGGGAAGGCCAUGCCCACUGCCAACCUCGGGCCUGCCCCAGGGCCUCCUGUGCCCACCCGCUGCCUGGUCCCUGUUGCCAGAACAACUGCAAUGGCUGUGCCUUUGCUGGGAAAGAGUACCCCAACGGAGCAGACUUCCCCCACUCCUCCGACCCCUGCCGCCUGUGUCGCUGUCUGAGCGGCCACGUGCAGUGCCCGGCCCGCCGCUGCCCGCCCUUGCCCUGUCCAGAGCCUCUCCUGUUGCCAGGAGAGUGCUGCCCGCAGUGCCCGGUACCCGCCUCUGGCUGCCCUCGGCCCGGGGGCGGGGUCCCCGUCCGCCACCAGGAGCACUUCUCUCAGCCCGACGACCCCUGCCGCCGCUGCCUCUGCCUCGACGACGGCUCCGUGUCCUGCCAGCGGCUGCCCUGCCCACCGGCGCCCUGCGCCCACCCGCGACAGGGGCCCUGCUGCCCCUCGUGUGACGGCUGCCUGUACCAGGGGAAGGAGUUCACCAGCGGCGAACGCUUCCCUUCGCCCACUGCCCGGUGCCACGACUGCCUCUGCUGGGAGGGCAGCGUCAGCUGCGAGCCCAGGGCCUGUGCCCCAGCACAGUGCCCCUUCCCUGCCAGGGGGGACUGCUGCCCUACCUGUGAUGGCUGUGAGUACCUACGGGAGUCCUACCUGAGCAACCAGGAGUUUCCGGAUCCCCGAGAGCCCUGCAAUCUGUGUACCUGUCUCGGAGGCUUCGUGACCUGCAGCCGCCGGCCUUGUGAGCCUCUGGGCUGCAGCCACCCGCUCACCCCGUCUGGGCACUGCUGCCCGACCUGCCAGGGAUGCCUCUAUCAUGGGGUCACCGCUGCCCCCGGAGAGACCCUUCCUGACCCACUCGACUCCACCUGCUCCAUCUGCACCUGCCAGGAAGGCUCCAUGCGCUGCCAGAAGAAGCCGUGUGCUCCAGCUCUGUGCCCCCAUCCCUCCCCAGGGCCUUGCUUCUGCCCUGUUUGCCACAGCUGCCUCUCUCAGGGCCGGGAGCACCAGGACGGGGAGGAGUUUGAGGGGCCCACAGGCAGCUGUGAGCGAUGUCGCUGUCAGGCUGGCCAGGUCAGCUGUGAGCGGCUGCAGUGCCCACCUCUGCCCUGCCCACUCCAGGUCACAAAGCCGGGGAGCUGCUGCCCUCGCUGCAGAGGUUGCCUGGUUCAUGGGGAGGAACACCCUGAAGGCAGUAGCUGGGAGCCCCCCGACAGCCCCUGUUCCUCCUGCGUGUGUCAUGAGGGUGUCAUCACCUGUGCCCACGUCCAGUGUGUCACCUCCUGUGCCCAGCCUCACCUGGGGCCCCGUGACUGCUGCCCUCGAUGCUCUGCCUGUGAGCAUGAGGGUCGGAAGUAUGAGCCUGGGGAGAGCUUCCAGCCUGGCGCAGACCCCUGUGAAGUGUGCACCUGUGAGCUGCAGCCCGAGGGAACUCCCAGCCUUCGCUGUCACCGGGGGCAGUGUCCCAGCCUGGUGGGCUGUCCCGCCAGCCAGCUCCUGCCCCCUGGGCCCCAGCAGUGCUGCCCCACCUGUGCCCAGCCGCUGAGUCCCUGCACGGAGCACCUGCGGGGGUCUAAGCUGGCCCCACCAGACCCCUGCUACACCUGCCAGUGCCAGGACCUGACUUGGCUCUGCACUCACCGGGCCUGUCCUGAGCCCAGCUGUCCCCUGUUGGAGCGCCAUACCCCCCCUGGGAGCUGCUGCCCCGUGUGCCAGGAAUGUGUGGUGGAAGCUGAGGGCCGGAGAGUGGUAGAUGGAGAGAGCUGGCAGGACCCCAGUGACGCCUGUAUCACUUGCACCUGCCGUCGGGGCCGCGUGGAGUGCCGCCUGGAAGAGUGCCAGGCCCUCUCCUGCCCCCACGGCUGGGCGAAGGUGCGGGAGGCUGGCAGGUGCUGUGAGAGAUGCCAAGCCCCCGCCCAGUCGUGCGUGCACCAGGGCCGGCAGGUGGCCUCCGGGGAGCGCUGGGCCGUGGACGCCUGCACCAGCUGCUCCUGCGUAGCCGGCGCCGUGAGCUGCCAGAGCCAGCGCUGCCCGCCGCUCUCCUGCGGGCCCGACGAGGCCCCCGCCCUGAGUCCCGGCAGCUGCUGCCCCCGCUGCCUGACCCGGCCCGCUUCCUGCAUGGCCUUCGGAGACCCUCAUUACCGCACCUUCGACGGCCGCCUGCUGCACUUCCAGGGCAGCUGCAGCUACGUGCUGGCCAAGGACUGCCGUGGAGGCGACUUUAGCGUGCACGUGACCAACGAUGACCGGGGCCGGAGCGGCGUGUCCUGGACCCACGAGGUGGCCGUGCUGCUGGGAGACGUGGCCGUGCGGCUGCUGCAGGGCGGGGCGGUCACGGUGGACGGACGCCCCGUCGCCUUGCCCUUCUUGCAGGAGCCUCUGCUGUAUGUGGAGCUGCGGGGACGCACGGUGAUACUACACGCCCAGCCGGGGCUCCAGGUGCUGUGGGAUGGGCAGUCCCAGGUGGAGGUGAGAGUGCCUGGCUCCUACCGGGGCCAGAUUUGUGGGCUCUGUGGCAACUUCAAUGGCUUUGCCCAGGAUGAUCUGCGGGGCCCUGAGGGGCUGCUCCUGUCCACUGAGGCUGCGUUUGGGAAUAGCUGGCAGGUCCCAGAAGGGCCAGGACCUGGUCGGCCCUGUUCCAAGGGCCGUGAGGUGGAUCCAUGCCGGGCAGCAGGGUACCGUGCCAGGCGUGAGGCCAACGCCCGGUGCGGGGUGCUGAAGUCCUCCCCGUUCAGUCGCUGCCAUGCUGUGGUGCCACCAGAGCCCUUCUUUGCCGCCUGCGUGUAUGACCUCUGUGCUUGUGGUCCUGGCUCCUUGGCUGACACCUGCCUCUGUGACGCCCUGGAAGCCUAUGCCAGCCACUGUCGCCAAGCAGGGGUGACUCCUGCCUGGCGGGGCCCCACGCUCUGCGUGGUGGGCUGCCUCCUGGACCGUGGCUUCGUGUUUGAUGAGUGUGGCCCACCCUGUCCCCGCACCUGCUUCAACCAGCAUGUCCCCCUGGGGGAGCUGGCGGCCCACUGCGUAAGGCCCUGUGUUCCUGCCUGCCGGUGCCCCGCAGGCCUGGUGGAGCACGAGGCCCACUGUAUCUCACCCGAGGCCUGCCCCCGAGUCCUACUCACUGGGGACCAGCCACCCAGCACUCUGCCCAACCCCAGCCGGAAGCCCCAGGGGCCACCCUGAGCCAGGACGACACCGACCAGGAUUCAUCAGGCUAGAAGUCUCCCCCCGGAGAGAAGCUCCCCCACUGCCCAGGCAUCGGGAGCCUGGGUCUGGGCCCCGCCAAGAGCCCAGCCGUGUGGAGUCAGAAGCAGUAAAGUCGGGGACUCGCCCUAAGGCUUCUCUGUGUGUAUGUGUGCUGCCUCUGGGGGCUGCGCUGGUGGUGUGGGCUCUUCGGAACAUGGGGUCCAGAGGUCAGUGUCCCCAGAGUCAGGGUGGUAGCAGCUGUGGGGUGGACCUUGCCCACUCUCUGCGCCUGCACCUCUGGGCUGCCCCUACCUGCCACACCCUGGUGCUGCCUGGGAAACCCUGAGAUGGGCAGAAGGAGAACCCAGGUGUCCGGGUCACAGCCCUGUGUUUACAGGUAGCAGGCACGGCCUGUGGCCCCCGUGUGCGGCCCUCUAUGGGGCCCUCUGUGGAUCCAUGCGGAAUCCUGCAGGGACUGAGGAGCACUGGGAAGGGGCUCAGUGCCCACAUGGCAUCCCCCUUUCCUCGGGGAUAUUGAGUGCUCAGGCACCUCCUGGGCCACCCUAAGAGCUGGUGACACAGGGACCCCACGCCUGGGUGGGGAACAGGAGAGACAAUAAGUCUGUGAUGACAUACAGACACAUGUGAUGAAAUACACACACACACACCCCCCUCAAAAACCCAGAUAAACACAUGCAUGUAUCCCGCGUGUGUUCACAGCUACACCCACCCCUGACGGACAUGUGGGCAGGGGACACACAUGUGACUUUCGAAGACAUCCUUAUAGGGGAAGGAACAUGGGUUUUGAAAGAGGGAAAAGAAAAAUCUCUUUCUUUGACAAGAAAAGUCUCUUUUCAAAGAGAACUGUAUUUUGAGUUCUCUCUGCCACCUACCAGCUAUGUGACCUUGGUUGUUUUAGGGACCUUAGCUAAAGAUUGGGGUUGGGGGGACCCUAGUAUUCCAACAGGGAGUGAAGGGAAGGCGUUGGGCUGAACCAAACCCCCCCACCCCUGCCUGCUUGCUCAGCCUUUUUCUGCUGGGGCCCCUUUCAUGGAGCGGUUACAAAGCGGCAGGCAGGCCAGGCUGCUCAUGACGGCAGGGGAUGCGAAGAUUACAGACCAUCACAUAUGCCUGUUCCCUCCCCUUGUCAUUUCUUCUACAAACUGUGUCCUGAUCUGCUGUAUCUCGUGUGUUGCGGAGAAUAAACAGAGUGACCCAUGGACAGCCUGGAGCAAGCACUAGGGAAGCGCAUUACUACUCACGCUCGGGACCACAUUUUCCCAGAGCCUGUUUCUCGUGUUGUCUGUCCCCAGAUGAGGGAGACAGUGCCAUGUGUUAGGUAGGACAACUUACUCUCUGGGGCCCGGUUUUCUUUUCUGUGAAAUGGGGCUGAAAACGAUACCACCUACUUCAUAGCGUUGCUUCAAGGAAGGAUUACAUGUACGUAGCAUUUUGUGUCCAGGCAUACAGUUAGUUGUUGGAAGCUGCUGCCUGUAUUGGGCAUAUAUCACAUACCAUAUAAUGCAGUUGCAAGCUUCAUAUAUACAGUUGACAUUUGAACAACACGGGUUUGAACUGCACGGGCCCACUUAUACUCAGAUGUUUUUCAAUGGUAAAUACUACAGCACUACACCACCCUAGGUAGGUUGAAUCCUCGGAUAUGGAGGGCAGACUAUAAGUUAUAUGUGGAUUUUUGACUGCAAGGAGGGUUGGGCCCCUAACCCCCGUGUAGCUUAAGGGCUAACCAUAUGUAUAAAAUAGAUGCUCAUUUGGGACUGCAAACACACGCACACACGUCGUUCUCUAUCAGGGCCACAGUCCUCACCCCACACUGCCACCCACGUGGCCGAGAACCCUGCAUCAGAGUCAGGUUUCUAUGAGACUUGGCUGAGGCCCAGGCCCUGGCUCAGAUGUCGGAGCCCCGCGUUACUGAGCUCAGGAGCCUUUGUCUCCUCCUUGCGCCUGUCCCCAGCUCCUCCUCCUCCUCCUCUCUCCAGGAGCAGCUGGGGGAGGGGAGGGGGGUGGACGUCCUCCCUGGCCCCCUGCGCCAUGGAGCAGGCAGCCACACCUGGGGGCCUAGGGCUCCCCUGUAGCCCCAAGCAGGCCUUGGCUCUGUACCAGCACCUCUUCCGGUGCCCUGCAGGCCUGGGCCAGCUCUGGGCUGCCCUGCAGCAGGUGAGGGUGGCAGGGCACUGUCUACGAGGGGGCAGGCUCUCCGUGGGGUCUGACUCUACCUUGCC